UCCACACAUCCGGGUCCUUCGCUCGUGUAAACAGCGCCCCCCUCCGCUCGCUCUGCGCACUGCGCCUGCGCGCUGCUUUAGCUUCUGUCGCUUUUUUCCAACACAAACCGCGGUCAUGGACGUGUUUCUAAUGAUCCGACGUCAUAAGACGACCAUCUUCACCGACGCCAAAGAAUCCACCACCGUCUACGAACUCAAACGCAUCGUGGAGGGAAUCCUGAAGAGGGCGCCGGAGGACCAGAGGCUCUACAAGGACGAUGUUUUGUUGAACGACUCUCAGACUUUGGGAAACUGCGGCUUCACAAACCAAACGGCUCGACCCCAGGCUCCUGCUACAGUCGGACUGGCCUUCAGGAGCGGAGAGGAUUCGUUUGAGCCGCUCAGAAUCGAGUCGUUCUCCACCCCCCCAGAGCUGCCCGACGUCAUGAAGCCCCAAGACUCCGGGAGCACCGCCAACGAGCAGGCCGUCCAGUGAGACCGGGAUCCUAACCAGACUACAGAGACCCCACAGAGACCCACAAGGACCCCGAGACCCCCCCAGAGACCCACAGAGAUCCUCUACAGAGACCGACGACAAGACCAGAGACCAGACCCUCCAACGAGCAGGCCGUGCAGUGAGACCGGGAUCCUAACCAGACUACAGAGACCCCACAGAGACCGAGGACAAGACCAGAGACCAGACCCUACUACACCCAGCCAACGAGCAGGCCAUGCAGCGACACCGGGAUCGUAACCAGACUACAGACCCUAGACCUAGACCCAGACCUGGACCCACACUUAGACCUAGACCUAGACCUGGACCUAGACUAAACCAGAGUCAUGCAGCGGGGGAAAUGUACGCGGCAAAUUUAAAGAAAAAUCCAAAAUUUCUGUGACACGAAUCCAGAAAAACGACCUCGAUUUGACCCGACUGUUUGUGAUUUUUCAAACGCCCACAGAUCAGGAGGUUGCCGGUUCAAUUCCAGCUCCUGUUGUUGUGUCUUUAAGCACGACUCUUCACCUUUAGAAAGAACUACACUGGGUUAAUGUGUUAUUAAAAAAAUAAAUAAAAUAAAAUAAAAUAAAUAAAUCACAAAUUGUCCAAACUUUUCAGAUCAGGUUUAAUCUUCUGGGUUCAGGCCACAUUAAAGAAACACUACGUAACUUUUCUGGUUGCGGGUCCGUCCCCUCUGCUUGUCACCAUGGAAACUAAUGCUCCGCGGUGUGGCAUUAAACUUAUAAAACUCUACUGUAUUUAUUCAUUUACGUGUAUUUUGUGUUUUUAUGCGUUCGUUUGUAGCGUGAAUGGGGCCGCCUUUCCGCAGAUCUGCCCGGUAACGCUUUAAGUUUAAUGCCAUAACGCGAAAUAUUCCGGACAAGGCGAUAACAUCUCCACGGCGACAAAAAGAAGGCAGGCGCGCUCUUCCCGAAACGUUACACGGUGCGGCUUUAAAUCUCGAAGAUUUAAAGAGAUUUUUUUUUUUUUUUUUUUUUUUUUUUGCAGCGUACGUUUGUUUUGUUUUUUUGUUUUAAUCGAGAGAAAAAAGCCGAAUAAAUCUGAGUUCCGUUGCUUUUUACUGAAGCGCAGAAAACGUAAAAACACUGACGACCCUUCAAGAAAUGUGAGAAAACGAAAUGUAGGUAGCCAUUUUGAAAGUUGCCAUAACGUUGUACAGUAUAAUCAAAUAAAGAACUUUGCUAAAAAAAAACGUAAGAAACUUUUCAAAACAAAACAGAAAUCAUCACAAAUCAGGUUUAAUAUUUGGAAUUCAACUCUUCAUUUAACACUUUUUCGCCGUGCAUGUCGUUAUUGCACUUAAAGAGGGGGUAUCAUGCAACUUUUUUUAGAUUUCUCCCGCGUUCUGACGCCGUUCCCUCGUCAAAAACCCGCCUCAAGAGGUUUUAGAGUCGUCCGUGUAUUUCCAGGGCCCGAGCCGUACGAGGCUCCGCCCACAAGCCUACGUCACCCAUGCUCCCGCGCGAAAACUCUCCUUAAAAAUACAAACAUGAUAUAUUUAAUUUAAUUUAAAAGUGAAAAAAAAUGUAUAGCGCCCUUCAACAGACAAUGUCCAAAAGCUUUUUAAAAAAUUUUAAAUUGUGUUUCGGCAAAAAAGCCUUCGUCACGCCUGAAACGUAAUUUAAACAUGAAAAAAGCUUUUGUGCAUCGUAUUGUUUAAUGUGCUGAAUAUCGAUAUCGUGGACUGCUGUAUCGAUACAUCGUCAAGUAUUUUUAGGGAUAUUUUACUAAAUUCGUUUGUGUAAGAGCGACAGUUGUGUUGACAUUUUUGCAGUUUUGAGUAAAAUGGUUGUUUUUCACGUUCACUUUGCAAAAGCUUUGCAGACUUUCAGUAUCAGAGCCACGAUUUAACCUUUUUUACACUGAACCGUAUCGAAUCGAAAGCUCACUGUAUCGAAAAGCGUAUCGAAUCGAGGUCGUGAUCCUGAGCCCUAGUGUGCGUUUUUUUUUUUUUACUUUUAAAUCACCGUUCCUUUGCAUUUGCGCCUCUGCUGUACGUGUGUUUUUCAGUUUCAUUUGACAAAACCGUACACGACGACUUCGUAAAACCUGAUGUGGGACGCGACGUGUGUUGUGAUGCCGCUCUGAAGGGGGAGCGACUUAACUUGGGGGAGUAAAACGAGAAGAGACUCAAAACGAAAGUGGAAAAAACGGCAGCGUACGUUGCGGAGAAGUCCAAUACCCCCUCUUUAAUAAUUUCUUGCCCUAAAUUUGUAAACAGUUGUACCUCGUUCUGUAAAAUUUAAUUCUAGUCUUUGAUUGAGGUGAGGUCGACUCUGCCUUACUGUUGUUUUUUAAUAUUCCGCUGGCUUAAAUGUGAGGAAGAUCUGUGACUUUUGUUUUGGUUUUAAUUUCGUGUUCUAUUCUGACACUGUUCUCAUGUUUCUUUGGCCUGAGUAAGUCCAAGUGUGACGCGCUAGAUGUUUUCCGUGGGUUCUGUUUAGUCAGAAUUUGAAGUUUAAAACACUUUAGCGGGAGAGUUUUGAGAUUUCUUGGUACGUAUCCCAAUUUUCGGGGUUUGAAGGUGGUUUAAAUGUUACUGAAAUCAGCUGUAAUGUUUUUUUUUUCCUGCGGCGAAAGAGACUGAAACCGCGACGAAGGAGGUGGACGCCUCUUUAAAAUCAUGUCUUACAGUCACAUUUUAGGUCUAAAUCUCCGAUAUUAGAACUGGCUCUGCUUUGCUUUUCGUCGUUUCUUCCUCAAAAACAUCCUCCGGGGUUGUGUUUUUGUUUCAUCUGCACAUGUUCCGGAAAUGCUCCUCCAUGUUUUUUAAGUCUAGUCACUUUCAGCUCAAAUAAUCAUGUGCAAAAAUAUUGAUUUAUCGUAUCGUUUAAUGUGCCGAUACAAUAUCGAUAUCCACAAUUAAAAAGUGAAAAACACGCAUUGUGCACUGAAAUGCCCGAUGUCCAAAAGUAAAAAAAAAAAAUUUAAGUGCGUUUUGGCAAAAAAGCCUUCAUCUGAUAAUUUUUCUUGCUCUGGACGACCGUACGUAACAAAUCUGACGACUCCUGUAACGUAAUUUAAACAUAAAAAAAGCUUUUGUACAUCAGCCGUCGGAAUGCCGGAAAAAAUGCAUUGCGCACUCAAAUGUCCGAUGUCCAAAAGCUUUUUUUAAAAAUUUAAAAUUGCGUUUUGGCAAAAAAGCCUUCGUCGCCCAAAACGCAAUUUAAAAAUAAAAAAGUGUUUGUACAUCGGUCGUCGGAGUGCGUUAUGCAUUAGCGCUGUGCAAAAAUACAAGUUCAAGACAUUUUUCGUGGUUUCUGUUUAGUCAGAAUUUGAAGUUUAAAACAGUUAAGCGGGAGAAUUUCUGAGAUUUCUUGGUACGUAUCCCAAUUUUCAGGGUUUGAAGGUGGUUUAAAUGUUUCUGAAAUCAGCUGUAAAGUUUUUUUCUGCGGCGAAAGAGACUGAAACCACGACGAAGGAGGUGGACGCCUCUUUAAAAUCAUGUCUUACAGUCACAAAAAACAAAAAAAACAUCCCCCGGGGUUUGUGUUUUUGUUUCAUCCGCACAUGUUCCGGAACUGCUCCUCUGUGUUUUUUAAGUCCGAUCACUUUCAGCUCAGAUAAUCGUCACUAAGCUACAAAACUUCAGCACUAGCAGCUAUUGUUUUUAGCCCAUUUUACUACACUUCCGCUUGGUUUACGUUCAUUUAAAGCCACAGUAUGUCACUUUUCAGCCAAAAUAAAACACACGAAAUGCCAAUGUUAAAAAAAAAUUAAAAAUCAGGAACAUUAAGCAUUUAAACACAAAUUGUUGAUUGUAACACAUUUUAUGAGGCUCAUCUGUUUUGUGUCAUUAAUUAAUCCGAUUUCUACUUUAAUUUGACAAAACAAAGCUCCUUUUGUUCUUUUGUUUGGUUCUUUUUUUUUAAUGUUUAAAUCUUCGCUCUGAUGUUUGUCGGGAAACUACCCGCGUCUGCAGCUUGUGUGGUUCUUAUUACACCUUUAUAAUCUCAUUCAAACGUUGCUUUCCUCUUGUUAUUACGGCUGUAUUAGGAAUUAUUCUCAAGCAAAACGACAAUGGAAACAAACACUGGCUCGUUGUUAGUAUUGUUAUUAUUAUUAUUAUUAAAUAUCAUUUGUUAUUUAACUGGGACAGACUUAAAGGUCGAGGAAUGAAAAUGUCUUGAUGCAAAAAAGAAAAAAAAAAAAGACAAAAUUAAAAAUGUUGAAUGGAAGUUGCUCUUGUUACAGAUUUAUCAUUAAAGCAAAACUGUUUUUAA